CUUUGCGUGUAAUACGGUCGUGUGAAUGACCAGAUCGCGUAUCCGAUCAUUCAAGCAGAGGAAACAUUCAAGUGAAGCAGAUGCUUCUACUCUCUUCUAAACGGCCAUCGCCAGAUAUCAUUGAAUAUCAGAAAAAGAUUAGCUGCUCUCCAAUUAAUGUAUACUACCCGAGACCAAUACCAGAACCAGAUUAUUCUGACAAUGAUGAAAGUUGUUCGCUUUAUCCUUCAAAAACAUUUAAUCCUUGCCUGCAAUCCUCCGAGAGACGGCAGCUUCAUAGGGAAUUACUAUGGUAUACGAAGAUGGGAAGAGAUAUUCUUCGUCCAAAAACCGAAUUAAAAACAGUUCUAGAAGCUGUUCGCUGCAAAAGAAAAAAGCCAAAGGAAAUUGUUCCUCCAAGGUUGACUGAAUUGGAAAUGAAAUUACAAGAAAGAAGAAAGAGAUUAGAACAGAUGGAAGAACAGAAAGAUAAACGAAGGCAGAAAGAAGAAUUUCCCGAAUUUGUAAGAGUUCGAUCUCGAAUAUUUCCUUUUCUGAGCCAAGAUUUAAAUUCCGAUGCAGAUACUUAACAUCAAGAUGGAUACAGUUUUAUGAAUAGGAAAGAAUUUCAUCGAUUCUUAAUAUGUAUAUAAAUGCACGAAAGUAUGUUAAAUGUAAUCACUAAAUGUCUGUGUAUUUUCGAAGC